UUUGUCAAUUCAAAAAUUUAAACCAAACCUAAUGGCAGUGGGGUGUCUUCCCCUGAAUCGUCAUAGCGGGCCCUAGUCACGUGACUAUUUCACUUUUAGUGGUAAAAGCGGCCCCAGCAGAGUGGUAUCUGUAUGUUCCAUAUUUCGUUUAUGUUUGAAAACUUCGUGCCCAAGUACAAACGCGAAGAAGAUGUUGCAAUAUGUACGGAAUAUGAAUUUAUGUAAAGAACUUGUGCAUCUAUAGAGGGUAAAUUUGAAAAGCGUAGAAGCAUUAAGGGGGUUAACAGUAACGUACCACUCUGUGUAAGAUCGCGUCGCGGUCGCCAUUGGCGGCGGUAGCGGCGUAGCGAAACGGGAUCGGUGCGCAGUCGCGAGCCACCACCACUACGCGAGUCAGUCGACGGUCUGCCGGCGAGCAGUGCGGACGCGUCGUGAAAGGAUCCGAUUGCCGUUGCCCGCAAAUAUUUGCUGGCACGACCGCGAUUUGCCCCACCGUCGGUGCCACGGUAACGCACGGCUCCCGCGGACAGAACCACCUCCCCUCUGCCCGGCCCGACGACCCUCCCUCCCGACGGUUACCCGGUGUUCUACCAGCGCCGCGGCGGUUCCCCUCUAUUGAUCGAAUUUGACCUGCGAAGUUUCCCCUAGCGUGUGCGGUAGUGGCGGCCGGCAGUGGCUCUCGCGCUUACGUUCCUCGGUUAGUGCGGUAAAUAAUCGCGAUACCUCGGCAUGGCUACUACGACCGCUUGCACGUGGUUCAGUGACAACUACGACCUCAAGGAGGAACUGGGCAAAGGUGCCUUCUCGGUAGUGCGACGAUGCGUUCAGAAGAGUACCGGUCAGGAGUUCGCGGCAAAAAUCAUAAACACGAAAAAACUCACGGCCAGAGACUUUCAGAAGCUCGAACGUGAGGCACGGAUAUGCAGGAAGUUGCAGCAUCCAAAUAUCGUGAGAUUACACGACAGCAUACAAGAGGAAAAUUACCAUUACCUUGUGUUUGACUUAGUGACUGGUGGAGAAUUGUUCGAGGAUAUAGUAGCACGAGAAUUCUACAGCGAAGCGGACGCGUCACACUGUAUUCAACAAAUCCUGGAAAGCGUUCACCACUGCCAUCAUAAUGGAGUUGUGCACAGGGACCUGAAACCUGAAAAUUUACUUCUCGCGAGUAAGGCGAAAGGCGCGGCUGUGAAAUUAGCGGAUUUCGGAUUGGCGAUCGAGGUGCAGGGCGAACAACAAGCAUGGUUCGGUUUCGCCGGGACGCCCGGUUACCUCAGCCCGGAAGUCCUGAAGAAAGAACCAUACGGCAAACCUGUCGACAUCUGGGCGUGCGGUGUCAUUCUUUACAUCCUCCUCGUUGGUUACCCGCCUUUCUGGGACGAGGAUCAGCAUCGACUGUAUGCGCAGAUCAAGGCUGGAUCGUACGAUUAUCCAAGUCCAGAAUGGGACACCGUCACGCCGGAAGCCAAGAACCUAAUCAAUCAGAUGCUGACGGUGAACCCGAGCAAAAGGAUCACCGCCAGCGAAGCGUUGAAGCACCCCUGGAUCUGCCAACGUGAACGCGUAGCAUCCGUGGUCCACAGACAAGAGACUGUGGACUGUUUGAAGAAAUUCAACGCAAGGCGCAAAUUAAAGGGCGCUAUUUUGACGACCAUGUUGGCGACGAGGAACUUUUCCAGUAAGUAUGAUGCACAGGGUCGGAGCAUCAUCACGAAGAAGGGCGAUGGCUCUCAGGUGAAGGAGUCGACCGACAGCAGCACAACGAUCGAGGACGAUGACGUUAAAGAGGAUAAGAAGGGCGGCGUCGACCGGAGCAGCACGGUCAUCGCCAAAGAACCGGAAGCUGGCAGUGCAGGAAGCGGUAGCAGCAGUGGUAGCAGCAGCAACAGCCAAAACAGCCAGACUGGCGCAUCGCCCUCGUCACCGGCGGCCGUCUACAUCGGUAACAACGCGGCGACGCCCACGGCAUCGUCGCGACGCUACGACUCCGCGAGCAACGAGCCGGACAUACGCCGGACCAUCGGCGCCGGAUACGUGCAGCUCGGUCCGGUUGAGUGCAGCGAACCGGAAGACGGUAAGAAGAGAACCAAGGACGAAAUAAGAAUCGUGUGUCCUAUCAAGACCUGCAGCCAGCUCUCGACGAACUCCCAGUGCUCAGCACGCCGUCAGGAGAUCAUCAAGAUGACCGAACAGCUGAUCGAAAGCAUCAAUACUGGCGAUUUCGAGGCGUACACGAAAAUCUGUGAUCCACAUCUGACCGCGUUCGAGCCAGAGGCUCUAGGUAAUUUAGUCGAGGGAAUGGAUUUCCACAAAUUUUACUUUGAUAAUGCAGUCCUGGGGAAGAACUGCAAAGUCGUCAACACGACGAUCCUGAAUCCUCAUGUGCACCUUUUGGGAGAGGAUGCAGCGUGCAUCGCGUACGUCAGGUUGACGCAGUACAUGGACAAACAAGGCGUAGCGCACACUCACCAGAGCGAGGAGAGCCGCGUGUGGCACAAGAGAGAUAACAAAUGGCAAAACGUGCAUUUCCACCGAAGCGCGGUGACAGGUCCAUCGCCGUUCUCCUUCAACCACAAGUAAAUCGAUCGUUGAAGAAGAGAAAAGAAACGAGGGAGGAUGUAGAAGCAGAAGAACACGACGAAGAAGAAAGGCCGAUGUGUCGGUGGACGCUCGUCACCUCGACACGUGGAACGAACGAACCGUGCAACAAUACACAAACAAACACAAACACACACAGGUACACGUAUAUACACACAUCGUACACGCGUUACAUUCGAGGCUAACAAGCCGAGACUACAACCUCCCGUGUCGGAUAAAUGGAUAAAUACAUAAUGCAGGCGUGUAUCUAUUUAUUUGUUUAUCGCGACGAGUACACACUUAGUAUUAUAAGCGCGACAAAAUGGAGGAAGGAAUGCCGCGAGAAUGCUGGAAUUAAGCCGGCGAUUAACUCGCUAAAUGGUACCUGCUCAGAGUACUUACCGCGAUACACCGAUCGGUGACGCAGCAUCGACGAGAGGACUUCCGGUGAAGAGAUACGACCUUCAAAACACCUCGACUUCUGUUCUUCGACGAUUAAGGAUAUAACGGGAAGAUUAUUGAUCGUAACUGAGAAACGAACCUGAAACGAAGCUUCUUCUUCAUAAAUCAUGAAAAUCAUGCAAGAUGGACAAGUUUCUGUUUCUUCAUGAAUUAUGAAGUAAUAGCAAAGUAGCAAGAAAGUUGAGUCAAGGGAAGAUGUUGAAAGGUCAAGUUGAAAAUGCAGAUGAAAAUCUGGACAACGUAUUAUUUCUUCUUCAUGAGUUAUGAAAUACUGCACAUGUUGAAGAUGAUGAAAGCAUUGCAUCGAGGAGGCUGUUGAAACAUUUAAGUCUGAAGAUGAAGAAUACAUGCACAAGGUUUUGUUUCUUCGUGAAUUACCAAAUGUAACAGUAUGUUGAAGAUAAUAUAAAAAUUGUAUUGGAGGAGACUAUUAAAACAUUCGACUUUGAGUGGAACGAAGGAAACGUAUGAAGAUGAAGAAAUACUACACAAGCUUUUCUUCAUGUAUCAUCAAAUGUAGCAAAAUGUUGAAGGUAAACGAAAAGUUGUAUCGAGGGAGAUUAAUCAUUCGACCCUGAGUGGAAUGAAGAAAAAGUAUGAAGAUGAAGAAAUACUACACAAGUUUUUCUUCAUGUAUUAUGAAAUGUAGCAAAAUGUUGAAGGUAACAGGAAAAUUGUAUCGAGGGAGAUUAAACAUUCAACCUUGAGUGGAAUGAAGAAAAUGUAUGAAGAUGAAGAAAUACUACACAAGCUUUUCUUCAUGUAUCAUCAAAUGUAGCAAAAUGUUGAAGGUAAACGAAAAGUUGUAUCGAGAGAGAUUAAGACAUUUGACCUGAAAUGAAGAAAACGUCUGAAGAUGAAAACCUAGACAAGCUUUUUCUUCCUGAAUCUAAGAGAGUCCCGUAACUAAGAGAAGAACAGAAUUUUUGAAAGAUCAGUAAAGGUCGAGGUAGGAUCUGAAAGAAGUACCGAGAUGAAGAGAUGUGUUCCGAUCGACUCGAUGCUGGACAUCGACGAAGUGAGCGUUGUAACCAUGAAGAAAGGAGCGGAAGUAAAGGUGCACGGAAGAGAGGAAAAUGGAAUGUCGAGAAAGAUGGCGCCGGCACGUCGGCAACCACGUAUUUAGCUCGUAACGAUAGUCGCUGUACAGAACAAUCUUCCAUUGUAACUUUCUUCUUCUAAUUUUCGUUCUCGUCUCCCGCUAAGACGAAUCCCAUGUAGAUCUGCGCGUGCGAUCGAACACACACAUACACGUUAAUUAUCGUUCCGAAGAAAUUCGUUUGAUAAAAGCGUAUACAUUCCAAAAUUUGAUUAAGUAACAGAUUCACUGGUUUUGAAAAUUCAUUUUGAGGUUAAAUGAGGGAACUGAAUUAUGUUCACUCGUGGAGAUUGUAAUACGUAUGGCGAAGGAAAAUGGUAUUAAUGUACCUUGCAGUUACUUUGAAUUAAAUAUUGUAUUAUGUUAACAUGUGUGGUUUGAUACCUUCAGACUGUGAACGUUCCGGAGAGGCUGUAUUGUUUCUUCAAGCUCCACUGUGUAAUACUUUUGAUUUGAGUUACGGGGUUUGGGCAUUUGAGAAUUUAAAAAUUUUGGGAAUUUGAAGUAUUGAUCUUAGGUGGUUAGAAGAUUUAGACUUAAGGAUUUGAGGAGUUAGAUUUAGAAAUUCAGGGAUCUGGAGAUUUCAAUUUUUGGUCACUUGCACAAUUUGGAAGGGGACAAAGUUAAGAAGAUUUGUGUAUAUUUAGACUUUGAAACUUAAUUAUACUUGAGAAUCUGCAAAUUAUGAAUAUUAAAAACAUUAACUUGAAAUCUAGUUUCCUAUAUUUUGAUAUAUGAUCAGCUUUACAACCCAGUUUUAACCGUCGUCUGAAGGUAACCUAACUAUCCAAUACUAUUUUCAUUCGCUCAUGUACACACACAGAACUAAAAUACGCGCGAUAGUCGAGGGAGAGAAGAGCGAUGUUUAAACGUUGUUACCUCAUUGUCGUAAGGCAAUUUCGCGGCUAGCAGGAUUGCGAGUCGAGUCCCUAAGAGCAGACCGCCUCCGCGCGAAAAUCUUAAGGAGAAGUCUGAAGACGCAAGGUUUGCCAGCAAAGAGGAACGAAGAAGAAUAUUCGACAAGUUAUCGAAGACUUUGUUGAAUCUUCGUUCGCUAAAAUGGAGAAGGAAGCACGAUGGAUCUUUCUACACGUUCGUACAUCCUCUAUUAAUUACUAGAUACGACUUUACGAGAGUAUAAAUCGAUUAUAAAAUGAACAAGAUUAUCUAGAAGAGAUACCAAUGCACGUUCGGCGGUGGGGACAAGAAAGGAAGAAAGGUGCGAAAGAAAGGAGCGUCUCCAUCCGCGAGAUUAUUGAAGGAACAUUUUUAUUUAUAUAUAUGUUAUAAUAUGUAUAGGGGUGCGCGCGCGUGCAGUCGCGCGAAGAGGACACACGCGCGUUUCCGGCGUUACUCGAAUCGCGUGCCACGCGGUUAUGAAAUGUCGGCGAGAACCAUUUUCUUCUUUCGUCCUCCUCCAUUUUAUAGAUAGUGUUUAGUGUCUAACUCACUUUCUACUUCUGCGUGUUAGAGUUUCGAUUGCAUUUGGAAGUGAACGGGUUGCGAUUUUACGUUCUUGCGUCACGAUUUAGUAUCUUCUAGUAUCGAAGAAGGGUAUUUGCACGGAUUUCACUGGUGGAGAUUAUGGGGAUGCUGAUAUUGGGAUACUAGGGCUUAAGGAACAUAAUGUGGUACUAGUAUCCUACUGACGUAUACUUGUGAUACUGGUAUGGCAUUAGUGUAAUCGAUAUUAGUAUACUAUGAUACUAUGAGCAUCAUCUAAGUAUCACAGGAUUGUAUCUUGUGGUCAUGGCAUUGCAUGAGAAUAACCAUGUGAUUCUAGUAUCUUAAGAUUGUGAUCUUGUGAUACUAGCAUCCUGUAAGAAUAACCUUGCGAUACUGGUAUUUCAUUAGUGUGAUCUUGCAAUACUAGUAUUGUAUGAACAUCAUCUAAGUAUCACAGAAUUGUGCCCUGUAGUCAUGGCAUUGUAUGAGAAUAAUCUUGUGAUUCUAGUAUCUUAGGAUUGUGAUCUUGUGAUACUAGUAUCCUGUAAGAAUAACCUUGCGAUACUGGUAUUUCAUUAGUGUGAUUUUGCGAUACUAGUAUUGUAUGAACAUCAUCAAAGUAUCACAGAAUUGUGCUCUUGUGGUUAUGGCAUUGUAUGAGAAUAAUCUUGUGAUUCUAGUAUCUUAGGAUUGUGAUCUUGUGAUACUAGUAUCCUGUAAGAAUAACCUUGCGAUACUGGUAUUUCAUUAGUGUGAUCUUGCGAUACUAGUUUGUAUGAACAUCAUCUAAGUAUCACAGAAUUGUGUCUUGUGGUCAUGGCAUUGCAUGAGAAUAAUUUUGUGAUUCUAGUAUCUUAGGAUUGUGAUCUUGUGAUACUAGUAUCCUAUAUUAAUAACCUUGCGAUACUGGUAUUUCAUUAGUGUGAUUUUGCGAUACUAGUAUUGUAUGAACAUCAUCAAAGUAUCACAGAAUUGUGCUCUUGUGGUUAUGGCAUUGUAUGAGAAUAAUCUUGUGAUUCUAGUAUCUUAGGAUUGUGAUCUUGUGAUACUAGUAUCCUGUAAGAAUAAUCUUGAGAUACUGGUAUUUCUCAUGAACAUCAUCUAGCGAUACUAGUAUCUCAUCUAGUGAUACUAGUAUCCCAAAGGAGUGCUCUUGUUAUACCAGUACCUCCACUAGUAUAAUCUCAUAAUACUAUCCCACUGUCUUAUCCUAUGACUAGUAUCCCAUGAAUACCAGCGUACCACGAACAUAAUCUCGCAGUAUUAGUGCUCACCAACGUGAUCUUGUGAUACUACCCUACGAGAAUACCUUACUAGUAUCCAAAAUAAUCUUUCCAUGAACGUCACGAUACUACUAUCCCAGUGGCAUAACCUUGCGAUACUAUCCCAUUAGUGAAAUCACAUACCAAUGUCCCACAAGCGUCACGAUACUAAUAUCCCAGUGGCGUAACCUUACGAUACUAUCCCAUUAAUGAAAUCGUAUACCAGUAUCCCACAAGCGUCACGAUACUAGUAUCCAAAUGGCAUAAUCUUGCGAUACUAUCCCAUUAGUAAAAUCGUAUACCGAUGUCUCACGAUACUAGUAUCUCAGUGCAUAAUCUUGAUACUAUCCCAUUAGUGAAAUCGUAUACCGAUAUCUCACGAUACUAGUAUCCAGUGCAUAAUCUUGAUACUAUCCCAUUAGUGAAAUCGUAAACCGAUAUCCCACGAGCGUAAUCUCGAAGUAACCUUGCGAUACUGGAGCGUCACGCGAGCGUAAUUGGAUACUGGUAACAGAUAGGAAGAAUCUGUUGAAUCUAGUAUCCGAGGAGGGUGUUGCGUUAAUUUCAGUACGAAAUCGUUCGGUUCUCGCGACCGUGGUCGCGCGGGAACGCGCGUGCAGGUGCGUGCAGAUGCGCGCGCGCGCGUCCCACAAACCUACCGCGUAUGUAUAUUGAUACACAAGAAUAGCGAGAAAGGAGUGGAAGGCGACGAUGAUAAACGAUGGCGAAGAUGAUGAAACGAUUUAAUAUAUUGCAGAUACUAUAUUAUAAAUAUAAAUAUAAACAUAAAUUAAAAAAACUUAAGGAAUAGUUAUUUCUACUACUCUAACUUCGUCGCUUCUACGUGUGAUUGUUGUAUAAAACAGAAAAUAACAAAAAAUACGAUUAUUGAUUUAUUAUCAUUGUUAUUACACGAUUAUCAUUACACGUUACGACUACUAUUAAUAUUAUUAUUAUUAUUAUUGAUUAUUGAUUAUUAUUAUUAUUAUUAUUAUUACAAUUAUUAUUAUUGCCGAGCGAAAGCAGUCUAGGGAGAACACGAAUUGUUGAAAGAAAGAGAUUUAAAGAAAACAGACAAAAAAAGUAACAAAUAAGAGAGAUUAAGAGUGCAAGAGAGAGAAUGAGAGAGAGAGUACUAUAAAGAAUUAUUGUAAGAUCCACGAUCUCUUUUUUUCCUACGAUACUAAAGAACAUUCUGAAUGGACGUACGAGUGUAUCGAAAUUAGACACAGGAUACGAAAAAUAUGAUGGAAACAUAAUGUAACGAGCCAAAAAAUAGAAAACGAGAAAAAAGAGUUAAUAGCA